UCAGGGUGCAGCACAAGCCAAGCUGCAAGCCUUGAAUGCUCCAAAGCUUCUCCCCAGCCUUUAGGUGCCAGACACACAUGCUGCCUUGCGGUGGACCAUGGCAUCUACCCUUGAGAAGUUCAUUCAUUCUUUGGACCCCAGAACCCUUCCCAGGGUCCUCCAGAUCCAGUCAGGCAUCUAUUUCCAAGGUUCCAUCUAUGAGAUGUUUGGAAAUGAAUGCUGCCUGUCAACAGGAGAAGUGAUUAAAGUUAUUGGCUUCAAAAUUAAUAAGCUCAUAGCAAGUAUCUGUGAGAAUAAUGAAGACAGCCAGUUUUCUGCCAAAGUGGAAUUACCUCUAAAUUUUCCUGGUCUUUAUAAGGUUGUGGCAGAUAAAACUCCAUAUAUCAGCAUUGAAGAAAUUACAAGAAAAGUUGCUAUUGGGUCAACAAGAUUUGGCCAUCCAUGCUUCUACAGCUCUGAGGAUAUAAAAUUGGCAAACCUCACUAUCAAACAAGGUGAGCAGAUCACCUUCAACUCUGUGGAAGAGGUAAAUGGAACAAUAGCUGUCAACUGUGGUGUGGUCAGAAACAACCAGUCUCAUUCCUUUACUUUGCCCCUUUCACAAGAAGGAAAAUUCUACGAAUGUGAAGAUGAUCAAAUAUAUACUCUGAAAGAGAUUGCGGAAUGGAAAAUCCCUAGAUGCAGAAACCGGAUUGUCAAACUUUCCAACACUUUACAUAUGUGGGACUCCUCUAAUCCACUGCCAGAGAACUUUGAUGGCUGCUUGAUUCUAACACCUGUCUAUGAAGUGCAGGCAGUAAUGAAAUUUCGGAAGGACAUAGUUCAUAUCCUCUCUGAUCUGGAUGUUGAGGUCAAGGAUAUAACAGACUGUUAUGAUAUUAGCUCUUUUCUUCAGCCACUGUCUUUGGAAGAUGUAUUUGAGAGAACAAGUAAGGAAUUUCCCAUGGUUGCUGAGAUAAUGGAGGGUCCUUUAGGAAGACAGAAACCUUAUAAUUUAUUGCAUAUAGGGAAAGAGAUUGUCAUCCACAAAAAGUACCAGGCUACAAGAGUCCUAGCCUCUGAGAUCAGAAGUGACUCUCCCAAAAGACAUUUUUUAAUCCCUAUGACCUACAAAGGAAAGUUCAAGAGAAGACCUCGGGAGUUUCCAACUGCCUAUGACUUAGAGAUAGCAAGAAGUGAAAGGGAACAGCUUCAUGUUGUAGCAACUAAAGCCUUUGAUUCUCCUCAUACAGAGCUUUUUUCUGUUUCGGUUGGAGAUCAAUUUCUAGUUCAGCAAUGUCAGACUAGUGAAGUUCUGUAUGAGGGAAGAAAGAAAGUCAUAGAUGUUUUAGCUUGUGAACAAAUACUAAGUGAUGCAUAUAAGGAAGUGCUCCUGCCUAUGUAUAUGGAAGGUGGCUUUGUGGAAGUGAUUCACGACAAGAAGCAGUACCAGCUUUCUGAGAUUUGCAAAGAAUUUCGUUUGCCUUUUAAUGUCAAAGUGUCCGUGAGGGACCUUUCCAUUAAGGAGGAUGUCUUGGCUGCUGUACCUGGUCUGCAGCUUGAAGAAGAAAUCACAGACUCUUAUUUGCUGAUCAGUAGUGCCAGCAGUCCGGUAGAGAGCUGGGAGAUUCCUGUGUAUCGCUUAAACAUGUCAGUACAUUUGCUCAGCAAGGAUGUCCAGACUGUUGUACCUCCCAUGACUAAGACAACAGUGGAAGAGAUCAGCGAAGAGGAAUACUAUAUGGUACGAAGAUUUGAAAACCAAACCCUACAUCCACCUCCCAGGCCUCCCAAAAAGCCAGGAGCACUUACACCAAAACCUGUUUCUGCAGUAUCUAAGCAAGUUCUAUCUGAUGUACUACAGGCUACAAAGAAUUUCUGUGUAGACACCACCAAGAAAUCGUGUGCAAAUCAAGCUGCUGAUGUUUCGGAAUUACAAGUUAGUUGUCAAAAUGAUUUGGUGCAUCAUGACAAUGUGAAGGACAUGACUGGGAAACCUGCAUUAGUAGAAGCCGCUGUGAUUAAAGGUCUAGAAAAUUACCCAAUUGGAAAGUGGGAGGGUGAAGAGGAACAGGAAGAAGAGCACAACUAUGAGUAUGUGGAUGAAAACGUAAUUGAAAACAUAAGAAAAGUAUUUCAAGACACCACCACUAGAAAUAAGGACGUACUCUCUGAAGAUAGAAGAGACAUCUGAAGCAAAAUAAUUCUGAAAUUAUCUGGAGACAAAUAGGAAGCUGCAUCCUUCACAUAAUAAAAUCAACUGUGACUGUAAGAAAAAGCUGCUCAUGAAAGCGUCCUUGUCUCAUGAAGAGCAUAUGAGGCUGUAAUUUAACUAUAAUAAUCCCCUGAGAAACUAAACUGCUUACUCAUCCUAAAUAAGAAGUCAAACCAGAUAAUGUCUCAUGACCCUUUGAAGGGACAAAGUUCUUCUUGUACAUAUUAUUCAUGAAUUCGGGUAAUGAUGCCAAGUCCAAUCUUUCAUUCUUAUUGCACCUGAAAUACCAGUUUAUUUUCUGAACCACUGUAGGGCAUAUGCAAAAGCAAAAUCCCUUACUGAAACAGCUGCACUGUUGUUUAGUUGUUUCCUUUUUUUUUUUUUUAGAGAAGGAGGAGGUAGAAAAGGGAAUGAAGGGUUGUCUAAGGUGAACUUACAUUUCUUUAGGCAGUCACAUAUGCUGCAUGUUAAGGCUCAAAACUACAAAUGGCCAGAUUCUUCCACUCUUUCAGAUGAUGAGCAAUCCUUUAUUGCACAAGUAGUACUGUUGUAACACAAGCAAUUCACCCUGGAAAGCAAUGCCAGUCCUCCCAGGGGGGAAGUGCUACUCAGUAGUGCUGGUAGUCCCUAAAUUAGGCAAUACUGCCAUCUCCAUGGCUCCUUGCACAGCCUGAGUUCUCUAGAAUCACACUAGAUACGUAGAUUUUGCUAUUAUGUUCAGCAAUUUGCUGAAAACCCUGCCAGGAAGGAAGAACAGAAGCUGGCACUGAAGGAGUAGUGUCCAUGCCAGUGUUCCUAACCAAGAAAAAGGAAGACUCUGCCCUCUGAGAGGUCAGGGAAAAGCAGUGCUGAAGAGCUUCUCCUGCUAAUUCUGGUACCUCGCAUUCCCAGAGAAGCACCUGGAAGAAGAGGCUUUCCUUUCAGGAAAGCAUUUUCUUUCAGUUUAUGCUUCUGAAAAUGAAAAACAAGAGCCAAAUGCUCACACUGUAUCUGGGAUACAAAACCUCCUUGGCCCAUAAGGAGGGAGCUUCCUGUGUGCCCCUUCCCUUCCCUGAGAGUGCUGGGCAGCAGCAGUGAGGGCUUCUGCUUACACGGAUGAGCAUCUCCAUGCACUUGGCAGAGAGCACAUAACCAGUGCUGGCAUUAGAGCUGCCGUAUUCCUGUCUGAGAUCCCCGUGUGCAAUCACACAGAAGCUGCAGGGGUACAGUAUUAACAUUUUUGAGUUGCAUUGGACCUAAUCCUCAUGUUCUGGCAGAGAACAGGAGUGUAGGUGUCUGUAGACUGAGUCUGAUGCCCACCACCUAUGGCAUACAAAAUAAGAACAGGGCAGCACGUGCACUGGAUGUGUUAGAUCUGGGGCAAACACAUACACCUCUGGCAAUGCUUUAACUCUCAAGGGAAAAAAUUACUGAGAACUGAUGUGUAAAUACACAGUUGAUGUGCCAAGAGUUUCCAGACUCACAGCAGCUUGAUCAGAGUGGCGUAUCCAGAAAUGCCAGACAGCUGCACAGAAUAGUCAAACUUCCCAGACGGUUUUAGGGUGGAGAUUGGGAACAUGUUUAGAAAACCUAGACAUACCAUAUUUUUCAUCCUUCUGAUAAGUUAAAAAGCAAAUGCUCACAAAAAAAAAAAAAAAAAAAAAAAGCCUUAAUAUGCUUUAAAGAAGUCUUUUCAAGCAGACAGUAUAGUAUCUUCAGACUUUCCUAUUAAAAUUCUACUGAAUGAUUAAUUUUUGCUAAUGCAAAUUAAUUUAGGAUUUCUCAAUAUUGUCUUACAUUAAUUUAUUCAAGAUAAAUGCUCAUGCUCAUUAAAACUGUUGCAAUUUAAGUAUUAAGAAUAUCUCAGAGUGCUUUGAUUCUAUGCAUAUGUAGCAUAGAGCAUUUUGAAUAUCUCUUGCUAUUACGGGGGCUUGCAGUUCUGUACAGAUCUUGUAACUGGCUGACAUAUCAGUUGGGGGUUUUUGAAAUACUUUUUAAGAAUUUUGCACAAAACUCCAUAUUUCAUGUUGUAGCAGCUCAAAACAGCCAGGUUUGUUGUUGUUGUUGUUGUUUUUGGUUUUUAUACCAAAAAACAUGGUCUGG